AUGCUUGACUCACCAGACCGCGGAGGUACAUUCACGGACUGCCUGGGCCGUGUUCCAUCGACAGGACCAGGUGUCCCGCCGCGCGACAUUGUGAUCAAGCUGUUAUCGCGCGAUCCGAACAACUACGCCGAUGCUCCGACCGAAGGCAUCCGUCGUAUCCUCGAACAAGCCACAGGACGCAAGAUUCCUCGCUCGCAAAAGAUCUCGACGGAGGAUAUUGAAUACAUCCGGCUCUCGACCACGGUCGCCACCAAUGCGUUGCUCGAGCGCGAUGGCGAGCGCCACGCACUGAUAACCACCAAGGGCUUCCGCGUACGUGUUCAACACUUACACCAGGACAUUGUACAGAUUGGCAAUCAAGCGCGUCCCGCCAUUUUUGACCUGGCCAUCCACAAGCCUGAAGUUCUGUACGACCAGGUUGUGGAGAUUGACGAGCGAGUGACGCUGGUGGGCUACACGUCCGAUCCUCAAGCGGGCCAGCACGCCGUGCAGUUCUCGUCGACGGCGCGCGAUGCGCAUGUUUCGCAGGCGUACUCGGGGCGUGAUCGGCCGCCGAGCGCAGGAGCACCCGGUGCACAGUACGUGGCCCCCGACGUGGUGCGCGGCGUGUCUGGCGAUGCUGUGGCGAUUUUGCGCCGCCCCGAUGAAGCGGUUGUGCGCCGCGAGCUCGAGUCGCUCUAUGCACAGGGAUACCGCAGCCUGGCCAUUGUAUUUAUGUUCAGCUACACGUACCCAGAGCACGAGCAGCUGGUCAAACGCAUUGCGCAGGAGAUCGGCUUCCCUAGCAUCAGCGUGAGCUCCGACCUGAUGCCGAUGAUCAAGAUGGUGCCACGCGCCACAUCUGCGACAGCGGAUGCGUACCUGACGCCCGUGCUACAGGCGUACCUGAACGGGUUCUUUAGUGGCUUUGAUGCCUCGCUGCGUGACGGCAGCGCUGGCACCCGCGUCGAAUUUAUGAUGUCGGAUGGGGGUCUGACGUCGGUCGAGCACUUUACAGGGCUCAAGUCGAUCAUCAGUGGCCCCGCUGGUGGCGUCGUCGGUAUGGCGCUCACCACCUACGAUAAGGACGACGGGCGUCCGUGCAUCGGCUUUGAUAUGGGCGGCACAUCCACCGAUGUGUCGCGCUACGCGGGGCAGUACGAGCGCGUCAUGGAGACGACCAUUGACGGUCCCCCAGCUCGAGUGCGUAUGCUUUACUCACCCAGUGUCAACACCGUGGCCUCCGGUGGCUCCUCGCGCCUCUUUUUCCGUAACGGGCUCUUUGUCGUCGGCCCUGAAAGUGCGUCGGCGCAUCCCGGCCCCACGUGCUACCGCAAAGGCGGCCCCCUUGCGAUCACUGACGCCAACCUUGUGACUGGGCGACUCGCCACGGACAUGUUCCCCCAGAUCUUUGGCCCGAACGAGAACGAAGGCCUCGAUAUGGAUGCGUCUCUUCGUGCCUUUGAGGCACUCACCGCGCAGAUCAAUGCCGAGACGCAGCGCUCUCUCACCGUCGACGAGGUGGCCCACGGCUUUUUGCGCGUCGCGAACGAGGCCAUGUGCCGCCCUAUUCGCUCGCUCACCCAGGCCCGAGGCUUUUCUACGUCGAAGCACGUUCUCGCGUGCUUUGGCGGCGCCGGUGGACAGCACGCAUGUGCAAUUGCGCGUGCGCUGGGCAUCACCACCGUCGUGGUGCACAAGUACUCGUCAAUCCUGUCCGCCUACGGCAUGGCCCUCGCUGACCGCGUGUUCGAGGCGCAGGAACCGAGCAGUGAGACGUGGGGCGCUCCUAUGGCCCUAGACCGCCUCCAAGCGCGCGCACGCGACCUCGAGCAGCGUGCGGUCGAUGAGCUGGUGCGCCAGGGCUUCCCCACGAAUCGCAUCCACGUCGACGUGUACCUCAACAUGCGCUAUGACGGCACAGACACGGCCCUCAUGACCCUCAAGCCCGCGGCCAAGGACGACUGGGACAUGAAGCGUGUGUUUGUCGAAACGUACCGCCAGGAAUUCGGCUUUAUCCUCAAAGAUCGCCCAAUCCUUGUUGACGAUGUCCGUGUGCGCGCGACAGGCCGCACGUUCGACACGCUCGGCCCGUCCGUGCUCCGCGAACAUGCGGCGCAAUGCGCUCAGCACGGCGCCCAGGCAUUCCCUGAAGCACCUGCGUAUGCGAAUGCACCUCGUCGGCCCGUAUACUUUGACCAGUUGGGGCGCCAGCCUACGGCCAUUGUGCGACUGCGCGAUGUGGAGCCGAUGCACCAUGUGCCGGGCCCUGCGAUCCUCAUUGAUGAGACGCAGACGAUCCUGAUAGAGCCGCGUUGCGAAGCGCGUAUGCUGACCGAUGCUGUGCUGAUCCAAAUCCAGUAUUGA